UGUUUCCCCAGGCAGAAAACCGGCACGCAAAUACAACAUCGCUGUUCUGUUCUGUAGCUAAUAAAUCCCACUUUACUGUUACUUUUAUUAUUCUGUCUCCUUCUUCACUUUUUUCUCCAAUGGAAAACUCCAAAGAUUUAGACGCUCUCUAUUACUUUUAGACUUCAUUUUCUGCCUCAGAUCCUUUCUUUCACACUACCCUUGGCCUUGAUAAAAAAAAAGGUCUGAUUCAUUCGGUGCUCCUUGCAUUCUUUGCUUAUUAUCUACAUGUAUAAGAACCGGUUGCAAGAAUUGGCUCAAAGAAGUUGUUUUAAUUUGCCAGCCUACUCAUGCAUUCGCGAAGGGCCAGAUCAUGCUCCUCGUUUUAAAGCAACUGUCAAUUUUAAUGGAGAGACCUUUGAAAGCCCUACAUUCUGCUCUACUCUUAGACAGGCAGAACAUGCAGCAGCUGAGGUGGCUCUUAACACUAUUGCAAAAAGAGGUCCCUCUGGAGCUUUGGCAGCAAGAGUUCUGGAUGAAACAGGAGUAUACAAGAAUUUGCUCCAGGAAACUGCUCAUAGAGCUGGACUGAAUCUUCCUGUUUAUACAACCAUUCGUUCUGGACCAGGUCAUGGUCCUAACUUCUCAUGUAGCGUUGAGAUUGCAGGAAUGCAUUUUACUGGAGACCCAUCUAGGACCAAGAAACAGGCUCAGAAAAAUGCUGCAAUGGCUGCUUGGUCUGCAUUGAGAAAAUUGUCAGAGCACCAUUUAUCUUCUUCAACUUCAUCUUCAUUUUCUCGAGAGUCUAAAGCAAAUGAAGAACAGGAGCAAGUAAUCAUCGCUGGGGUCCUUGCAAGUUUACACCCAUCUGGUUCAAAGAACUUCUCCACAAGUGAUAGUCAACUUGGAUGGCAAAAGUCCACUACAACCUCUUUGGUGUCUACUCAGUCAACUGCAGACUUGUAUCCUAUGCAAUGGCAUUGUGGAAUCUCUAGUUUCUCGCCAGAGGUGGCUCUAUAUCAGACUUGGCAGCAACAACAAAUUAUGCAGCAGCAAAAUCGUCUAUUGGAACUAACCAUUCAACCAAUUAUUCCAUCUACUCCAGAGAUUUAUCCGUUAAUGCAAUCCGUUUUCCAGCCAGACCACUGCCUUUAUUUUCCAGCUCGAGAGUUAGCAUCAGUUCCUCUAGGACCAAAAUUAUCAAUUGCUACAUCAAACCCUUCAUUUUACUCUUCAAACCAAAUUGUUCCCGAGUUAAACACGGGCAGGUCAACACUAACCAUCAGAGAGAUACAAGAAGAAAAAACAGAAGAUCCCCCAGUUUGCACUUUUAGCAAUGAAACUAGAGUCCUAACACCAGCUCCAGAGGAUGAGAUUCAGAAGCAUGGUGGCUCUGGAGGCAGAAGUAGAAAUGCUGAGCUGGUAGGAGAACACUGUGAGAAAACUGAAUGUGAUUCUCAUUGGAGCACGCGAUCUGUAAUCAGACCAGUUAAUACUGAGCUGCAAAACCCAUCCAGUAUUGACUCAUCUGUUCUCAGAGCACACUCACAAGCAAGUUCCAACAGAAGUUUUAGACCACCAGCUGCUGCAUCAUCCUCCAUUGUGAGAACCAUGUGCCCUACUUCAUCUGUGGGUUCAAGACCACAGCAUGCUGCAUCAAGGUUGAGAACCGGAACUCCACGAAGUCCAGGCAUUCCUACCUCUGAAAGGUUUGGCAUGAUAAGAGCACCUACUCCUCUAUUCAUGGCACCAGCUGUGAGAAUCCGAUCAGUGGUCCCGGUCUGCUCAGCUCCUCCAAGGAGAUCCAUGGCAGAGGUGUCCCAAAGCAAGGAAAAAGAAGAUUUGAAGCCUGAAGACAAAGAGGUGUCAAGAACUAGCUCUGAGCUAGGCCAUCUUAGAAUAUGAGUGAGUAACUGAGUAUACAUAUUAGAGAUCAAUAAGUCUAGUAGUUCUUUCCAAAUAAUAUGGUCCUUUGCAGGUAUUUACUGGGAAAAUAGGCAUCUCGUUGAUAAUUUUAUGUGAAGCAAUAAAUUUGAAAUACAGAAAUAAUAUAUAUAAAUAUUCCACCAGAAUUUAUUGAAUGUA